AUGGCCCAGAUGCCAUCCAGUCUUCUGACCAUGGGAACAUCUGCUGGACGAGGACUUAUGAUGGAUCCAGUAACAGAAGUUCACCAGAGAUAUGUCCCCAUCCUCUGUAUUCCCGUUGACGGCCAGAUUGUUGUUAAAGUUGAGGUGAAGGAGGAAGCAGAAGAUCCGCCUAUGAUGGGUGAUGGUCCUUGUAAGGAGGAGGAAAUCCCUCCAGAGAUCAGCACAGUGAAGGAGGAAGCAGAAGAUCCGCCUAUGAUGGGUGAUGAUCCAUGUAAGGAGGAGGAAAUCCCUCAAGAGAUCAGCACCGUUGAGGUAAAGGAGGAAGCAGAAGAUCCGCCUAUGAUGGGUGAUGAUCCAUACCCCGGAGAAACCAGAGUCACUCCCAGAAACAUCAAAGAAGAAGGACAGAGGAAGAUUAAAGAAGAGACAAUUGUUACAGAGAUCAGCACAGGGCCAGAAAUGGAUUACGUGAACCCCAGGGCACAAUAUCAGCAAGACAUCCAUAUCCUUCCCCAUGUAGCCAAAGGUGAAAAUCCUAUUGGUGUGAAAGCUGAAGUGAAAGAAGAAGCAGAGACAGAGGUAAAGGACGAGGAGCUGUGGAAGGCCAUGGAGAUGCCUCCAGAGAAUGGCCCAGGUGAACAUAGCAACAGCAAAGGAACAUAUCCCACUGUGUCUCCCGGAGAUGACACGGAACACGACGCCACCACAGUUGUCACUUUAGAGGAAAACCCAGUAGCCCCAAAUUUCCAACCGGUCAAGCCGAAACAGAGAAAGUUGUAUUAUUGCUCCGAGUGCGGCAAAUGGUUCAACCGUAAAGAUCAGUUUGUCCACCAUCAGCGUAUGCACACAGGGGAGAAGCCCUAUUCAUGUGCAGAAUGCGGCCGAUGCUUCAACCAGAGGGCCCACCUCCAUAAGCACCGAAGGACUCACUCUGGUGAGAAGCCGUUUAGAUGUUCAGAUUGCGGGAAGUGCUUCUCGCAGAGGUUUUCUCUCGUCCAACAUCAGGGAAUGCACAUGGAGGGCAAGCCGUACUCCUGCUCCGAGUGCGGCAAAUCCUUUGGCGCCAAAUCAACCCUGGUUGGCCACCUUAGGACGCACACAGGCGAGAAGCCUUUUUCCUGUCCCAAGUGUGGGAAGUCCUUCACAGCCAGGUCCAGCCUGGUCAUCCAUGAAAAUAUGCACCUGGACAAGAAGCCGUUUUCAUGUGCCGAAUGCAGCAAACGCUUCAUUCAGAAGUUCCAGCUAGAACGGCACCAGAGAAUUCACACAGGGGUGAAGCCAUAUGUGUGUUCGGACUGCGGGAAAAGCUUCACCCAGAAGUCCCAUCUCGUCAGCCAUCAGAGGCUUCACAAGGGCGACAAGUGUUAUUCGUGCUCGGAGUGUGGGAAAAGCUUCUUGUGGCAGGCAUCUCUCACUGUUCACCAGAAGGGGCACCGGGGGGAAAACUCAUAUUCAUGUUCAGAGUGUGGGAAAGGUUUUUUCUCAAAGGCUUCUAUUGUUAAACAUCGCAGAAUCCACAAAGAUGCAUAG